AUGGAGACGCCGCAGCUGAGCUUCACUCUCGGGUACUGGGUGUUCUGCUUCUGCUUUGUGCUCACUCCCAACGAGUUCCGCUCCGCUGGACUCACAGUACAGAACCUGUUCUCCUCAUGGCUGGGCAGCGAGCACCUGGGCUUCGUCCAGUACCACAUCCGGAGGAGCAGUGUGACGCUGCUGGUCCACUCAGCCAUGCCCCUGGGUUACUACUUGGGCAUGUGUGUGGCUGCUCCUGAGCUGCUCUCAAAGCCCCUGUUGGAGGUGGAGGACGGCUGGCACAUCGUCCUGUUGGUGGCGCUCUCGCUGCACAUAGGCUCCUGGACGUUGGUGGGGUACUGGUCCUUAUGGAAGUGGGAGAACCACCCCAUCAGCCUCACCCUCCAGAGACACACCCCUGCCGCCCCCUCGGGCUGGGGCGCACUCGCUUCCCGCCUCAACACUGAGUUUCGCGCAGUGGACAAGUUCACGGCGGGCAUCCACGGAGCGCGGGUCAUCGUGACGGACAGUUGGGUGCUCAAGGUGAACACGUACAGUGUGUCCAUGGCUCUGCAGAGCCAGUGUCAGCUCAGUGUGGUGCAGUCGCGACAGCACCACUUCUCUGCAGACUCCGCCUCCCCCACACAGGUGCUCACUCUGAGAGUCGACAGCACCAACCCAGGAGCGCGGCCUUUCCACUUCAGGCUGCACUCCACAGAAUAUGCAGACCUGCGAGAUAAGCUGCGUGCGCCCAUCAGGAACGAGGCCAACGUGGCAAUCUACAGAAGCAUCAGCGACGUCUUCCUGGACACGUUCAGAGCUCACCUCCAGGACAACCCUCCGUACAGCCUGCCCAGCGGACAGGAGCUGGAGCCGUGUAUCGGCUGCAUGCAGGCCCCAGCCAACAUUAAACUGGUCAAACUCUGUGAGCUCGAAGACUCGGGGGUCCAGGACGGGGGCCACCAGGACGGGGACUGCCAGCGCUGCAUGUGUCGCCCCAUGUGGUGUGUGUCCUGUAUGGGUCGCUGGUUCGCCAGUCGUCAGGACCAGCAGAGACCUGAGACCUGGCUGAGGAGCAGAGUGCCCUGUCCCACGUGUCGAGCUCGAUUCUGCAUUCUGGACGUGUGUGUGGUCCACAGUCCCUCCUGA